AUGGAGACACCUGUCUCCGUCCAGACGGCCCGAAGGCCCUCUUCCUCCCGCUCCCUGAACCUGCUCACCCUCGCCCUGUCGCUCUUCUUCGCACCAACUGUCUCCGCGCGCUUGGUUGCGUCUACAGCGCCUGCGUCUUCUUUCUCUGGCGCUUCAGGCUUCCUCUCACCCGUCCCUCUCGGCUUCUCCGCGGCGGCGCCUCUCCGCGGAGCCUCCUCCCGGCCCAUCCAAGCUCACGGUGACGGCUCCGCCCACUCCGCGAACGCCCUUCCUUCUUCUUCUCCUUCUUCUUUCCUUCGAGGCCAGGCCUCUGAUGCGCGGCCGCUCUCGACGACGAGCUGCUCGGCGUACAAACUCACUUUCGGGGGACCUGAAACGGGAGAGAAGGACGGGCGGGUGGCUCUAGUCACCGGUGCAAGUCGCGGCAUCGGCAAGGCGAUUGCAGACGCUCUCGCAGAAGGCGGAGUAUCCCAUCUCAUCUGCGUCGCCAGACAACAAGCAGCCUGCGACGAGGCGGCGGCGGAUCUGCGGAGGCGCGGCUUCUCAGCGAGCGGCCAUGCAGUCGAUGUAGGCGACGGACCGGCCGUCGCCGCUCUCUGCGAAGAGUUACUCCAGCAGUAUCCUCACAUCGAUAUUCUGGUGAACAACGCAGGCAUCACGCGCGACAAUCUCUUCAUUCGGAUGAAUGAGCAAGAGUGGAACGACGUCAUCAACACCAACCUGAACUCGGCGUUCUACUUCUCGUCGCACAUCAUCAAACGCAUGGUCAAAAACCGGUUCGGCCGCAUCAUCAACAUUUCGUCGGUCAUCGGCGUCGGCGGCAACCCAGGCCAGGCGAACUACGCAGCGUCGAAGGCAGGAAUGAUAGGCCUCACGCGAACUCUCGGCAAGGAGUACGCGAACCGGAACAUCACCGUUAAUGCCAUUGCGCCGGGCUUCAUUCGAUCUGCGAUGACCGACAAAAUGCCUGAAGAAGCGAAGAAACAUGCGAUGGCGCAGAUUCCAGCAAACCGCCUUGGAGAACCGAAAGACGUCGCUGCCCUCGCCGCGUUCCUCGCCUCAGACCAAGCAGGAUACAUCACCGGGAAAGUCAUUCCGGUGGACGGAGGCAUGUUGUUUGGAGGCAACUGA